GACGACUUCACGGCUUCUUUCAAUCAGUGUUAUAAACAGGCUACCCAGCCAACAGUAAGAGGAACCUGGAAAUGGAAACGCAGAUAAGCACAGAGUAGGAGGGGCUUUCAGAGGUGAGAGUGAAAUCAUCCUUUUCCUCAUCUAUCCAACAGCGUCUGUCAACAUGUCUGCUCUGACAAACCCCGCCAUUACACAUCUUGCUGAGGCCUUAGCUUUAGAACUCCGCUGCCCCAUCUGCUUGCAACUCUUCUCGGAGCCUGUGUCGCUGCCCUGCGGUCACAUCUACUGCCACGUCUGCAUUCAAACUCUGGGAGAAGGGCUGGACCAUCACUGCUGUCCUGAGUGUCAGAAAGACUACCAGGAGAGCCAAGUUGUGAUGACCUGUUCCAAAAUGUGCAAUAUUGUCGAGUCGUUCAAAGCUGCAGUAGGUGAAGUCCAGCUGCCUGCAUGUGUUGCGGUUGAGGAUGAAACAAAAUGCCACUUGGAUGUAACUAAAGAGAGCUCAGGAAGUGAGGGAAAGUACUUGAAAUCCAAAGAGUUUCAAUUGACUAAUUCUGGACUGGCGUCUCAAGUCACAGACCUGGCCGUCCACUUGGAAAUGUCAGAGGAUGUGCUGAGGAAGGAGAAGGAGCAGCAAGCAAAGCUGAUGGCAGCUCACGAGCAGUUGAGAGAAAAGGCAUCGGAAGAGCUGCGCCAGCUGAGUGAUGUAGUGAAGAAGUACAGCGCUGAGGUGAUGCAGCUGCUGGAUGAAGAGCUCUCUCCGAGCGAAGCCAGCGCGAGCCACAGGGUUGGUCAGGCCGCAAGCCUCACCAAGCAGCUGAGACAAGUUCUCCUCAGAGCCGAGUCACUCCUGACCAAAGGAGACGAGGCCGCGUUCGUAGAAGACUUUCGAGACCUGCGGCCACGCAUUGCCGAGAUGACGACAAAAAACAUUGAAAAAACUCAGGGCCGCAUGGACGGCCCCGUUCGAAUCCUUCCCAAGUUGGAGAACAUGAACGGUAAGCUUAGGGAAAGCCUCGGCAUCAUUCAGCGCUCCCUUCGCAAUGUCCUCAAUCCGUCUGAGCUGACGUUUGACAUCAGGACAGCUCAUCCUAACCUCGUCCUCUCAGAAGACUUGAAGACUGUGACAUUCAGUGCCACCAAGCAGCCAUACCCGCCUUCGUCCCAGAGAUUCACCAGCUUCUUCCAAGUCCUCAGCUCCCAGAGCUUCUCUGAAGGCAACCAUCGCUGGGAGGUGGAGCUCGAUGGUGCUCCGUGGAUCGUGGGCUUGUGCCAAAGCAGGGAGCUGGAGCGGAGCGGGAUUCCCUCGGCGCUGGAAAGCAGCCGGUGCUCCUGGUGCCUGAUGUGGUUCGACAACUUGCUGACGGCCUUCGAGCAGGGUCGCGAUGUGCCGCUCAAGAGGACCACGGUAUCGUGCAGGCUUGAGAUCAGGCUCAGCUUCAGAUGCCGCACGUUCAGUUUCUACCACAUCAGCCCCACCGUUGGCAAGACACUCAUGUACACAUUUAAAGCAAACUUUACUGAACCUGUGCAUCUGGCCUAUCGGAUGAUGUCAGGCCACCCGAAAGCACGUGUCACCAUCAUUUCAUGAGUGCUUUUGGUAGUGGUGGUCAUGCAUUUGGUACGUGGGACUUUAGUGAGGACUGAGAAGCAACUUACUCCAUCUCUUAGUACCAUAAAUGUCAUGUCGCAAGUAAAGAAACCAUCAAUCAAGUGCAAAAAUGCAAUAUAACAGAAAUGCAGCCGUGCCGUGCACUUCAUCUGGAGCAGUGAAAAUCGACAUGUAUAUUUAGCGACAGUCUAAAAAGCUUAACUUCGGUUAAUGUCUACAGUCUGAGCAAUUGUCAUCAAAAUGUCAAAUAUAAUUUGAUACAAAACAGUUUGAUAUGCAUUAACUGAAUGAUAUCCAACAAUUCAGUAAUCCCCUGCUAUAAUACUGUUCAUAUUUCACGGCUUUGCUGUUUCACUUUUUUUUCCUGAAAAAAGGUUCCAUGUUUGGUUUGAUUCAAAACAGUAUUGUGCUGUAUAGGUAAUAAUUAAAAAAAUAAAGAUGGCUACUUGACAGAUUUCACUUAUCAGGGGUACUUUUUGCAACAUACGAGUGAUUACUGUAAUUUAUAGGCAACAUUUUGUUUCUAUAUAUCUGUUUGUUUAGAAUUUGGAAGAAUUUAGAGAUAUUUAUGUCAUUGUGCUUUUCAGAUGAUUUCAAUGAAUGAACAAUGGACUGAAAUUUGCAAAAUCAUUACAAAUGCAAUAUUUAACAGAAAAAAGAACAGUCAUGAUAACGAUCAAGAAAUACAUGCGAUAUGACUAUAAAAGAGAAGCAAAGAAAAACGUUACAUGGGCAAAAUAUAGAAAAAGGUUAGGCUACAAAUUGUUAGCGGCAUUAAAAGAUUAUAUAUACUGUAUAUACACCUUUAAAUCACUGCAAAUCUCUAUUGUUUUUAGAGGCUUUUUGUUAGAAAAUUUAAUAGAACGAAUGCCAUGUCUAAAUCCGAUUUAUCAGAUAAUAUGCUAUCCUAUUUUGACUAGUCACAUCUUUACAUCGGUACCAUGACGAAACGAUACUGUGACGUCAUUGUAUCAUCUCGCGAGGUUUGUUACGGUGGGUUGCAAAAUAUUUGACAAUCGAGGAUAUUAAUCCAGGGAACUCGCCAGAAAAAAAAACAUGUCCAGGUUUAUCGACCAGUCGAGUGACGUGUGUCGUUCUUGGGGCAACAUGUGAACCGUGUGAUAACUCUGCAUGAUUUUACCAACGCGUUUCCAGCACAACGGAGUUUUCUGAAAAGGUAAAA